AUGCUACUGCCCUUCACUGACACUAAGCACCCAGCUGUGUGUGAACGGGCCCUGGCAAGGAUUGGGAAGCUGGCCGAUUUGAUGGCCAGCUCUUCCUCAGUGCAGGUCUGGAGGUUGGUUGGAGAUGAUGACAGCUCUUCCCACCAUGGCAAUAUCCAUGGCCGCUUCCUGGGACAGCUGCUGGGACAUCUCAUUGUUUGCUGGACUAGCAAGAUCUGGGAGAUCCAGCGUGAGGCUUUGGAUGUUCUUCAUCACCUCUCCAGAUUCAUCCAGCAGCAAAAACGUAUGACAUCACCAGGGGAUAAUCCAGAGCAUUCCCAGCGUGGAGGGAAAAGGGAAGCUGGGAACCCCUCCUGGCUUUCUCUGUGCAGCACCAGGAGCAUUGCAAAGGCAUUUGGGGAAUACCUCCACCCUGCUGAUAAGACGGUCAUCCUCCUCAAGGCCAUCGAGGCCAUGAGAGAUUCAUGUGUAUGUGACAAGGAGGAGUUGAUCACCAUUGUGGAUGAGGUCAUGACAGAACCUGCCUCCUGGCUGACAGAGGUGCCAAUCGUCAUGAGCUGCAUCUAUAACAACAUGGAGCACAUCAGUGCAGCAUCAGCCCGGUGCAGCCUGGACUUGCUGCUUCUAAAGAUGGCAGAGCUGUGCCCCGGGGAAGCAAUCCUGAGCCUUGUGGAUCUCUCUCCAGCAUGUGACAGUGUUGCUCGGGCCAUGUUGGAAGUGCUGCUGUCCCAGCCCCUCAUCUUGGAGAAGGUCUUGAGGGAGCUGAGCAGCAACGUCGAGUACCUGCAGCUGCGAUGGACAUUCAACUCCGAGAAAGCAGCAGCUUGCAUCGAGCACUUGGUUCUGCUGGUCUCCAGCAAUGUGACACCAAAAAUGUUUGCUGGGGAGUACAAUGUGUGUAGGCCCGUGAUGGGUCUAAGGCCGGUGCUGCUUUCGGUGGUGCUCAGAGGCCUCAUCACACUGUCACAGUUACCUGACACGGCAAGGAAAAUGCUGGUCCUGGUGCCAGACUUGAUGGACAAUCUGCACAGAGGUCACAAUGAGAACAAUAUGAAGAUCCUACUUGUUUUCAGAAAUGUGAUGGGUCAUUUGAAGAAGAAGGCCAGCUCCACUGCUCUGCAGCUGGCUGAGAAGCUCCUGAAACUCUUUGAUGAUGAGUGCAGCCAGGUGCGAGAGCUCUCCAUCUGCCUCUUCAAAGACAUAAUACAGAUGGCAGAUUGGAAGGACCAGCGGCAGAUGCUGAAGAAGGUGCGGAGGAGCCUGGUCCCACUCAUGUUGCACAUGAGUGACGAGGCUGAGAACGUGGCCAAGGCCUCUCACGAAGCCCUCUGUGUAGCUGUGAAGUUGCUAAAAUGGAAACGGCUCAGUCGCCAUGUGGAGGCACACGAGAUAUGGAGAACUGUGGAGAGCUUGCUGGAGCAGGACAGGAGCAGGGCUGAAGAAUACAUGCAUCAGAGCCUGCCAUACCUGCGGAAUGCUCAGGUCACCAUGCGAGUGGCAGCCGUGAGGUUCAUCGGGCUGGCUGCGCGGUACCUGAAGGACAGCAGCGUGGACAUGCUGCAGGAGAUCUGUGACACCCUCCAGUGUUUGGCCAGAGAAGAGGAAUCCCAGGUCUCAUCCCUGGCAAGUCAGACAAUAAACAUCCUGACCGUUCUACGGAUGCGGAGAAGUCAGGGAUUGAUCCCACGCCGUCUGUGCUUCUGGCUCUGA